UGGAAGCGACAUGGAGAGGUGCAGCAACCAGAAGGAGGAGGUUUUUCGCCCUCCUUUAAAGUUGUGAAAAAAAAUUGGGCAGCUUGACAGAAUAUAAAAGAACAGUGAAAUAAUGUACACGUGGAUUCUCAAGAAAGAGCGACGAUUUCAGAGGGGUUUAGAGGGGCGGUUUUAGAGUGUUGUUUUAUAACAACUUUAAUAGUUAUUAAAAUAUGGUAUAAUCAAAAUGUAAUAACAAACAAAUAUAAAAUGUGCGUGUUUAAUGCUAUCGGACGAGCUUCUUCCCGAAAUAGAUGGAAACAAAAAUAUACACAUUCAAGAGAAUUUACCGACAGCGACGAAUGACAAUGGGGAUGGGAGCUCGACGUUCUUUAACACAAAUACCUGGCUGGCAGCAAGUCUCAAAAUAUACGACUGCCGACUUCCAACAGUGCACCCGAAUUUAAGACCGAAGUAAGCUGCUUUCAGUAAGUAAGCAUGAGCGGAGGGCGCUUUGAAUUUGACGAUGGCGGAGCUUACUGCGGUGGCUGGGAAGGUGGCAAAGCGCACGGACACGGAAUCUGCACCGGGCCCAAGGGACAGGGGGAGUUUUCAGGUUCCUGGAAUUACGGCUUCGAAGUUGUUGGAGUUUACACCUGGCCCAGCGGUAACACGUACGAGGGCUACUGGCACCAAGGAAAGCGUCACGGCCUCGGCGUUGAGACCAAAGGGCGUUGGGUUUACAAAGGCGAAUGGACACAAGGUCUCAAAGGGAGAUAUGGAACGCGUCAAAGCCAAGGCAGUGGGGCCAAAUACGAGGGGAUGUGGAAUAACGGGCUGCAGGAUGGAUACGGUACAGAAACCUACGCAGACGGAGGCACUUUCCAGGGCCAGUUUACCGGAGGCAUGCGGCACGGGUACGGCGUGCGCCAGAGCGUGCCGUACGGCAUGGCGGCGGUGGUGCGCUACCCCCUGCGCACCUCCCUCACCUCCCUGCGCAGCGAGCUGACCAACGGCGCUCUCCUGAUGCCGGACGCCGCCGCCAGCACCACCCGCCCGGAGACCCCGCCCCCCCCGGCAGCCCCGCCCGGCCUGGCCCGCGGCGGCUUCGCCCUCACCCUGCGCCCCGACCCCGAGGCGGCCCGGCCCAAAAAGAAGGGGCUGUUCCGCCGGGGCUCGCUGCUGGGGAAGCUGAGGAGGUCGGAGUCGCACGGCUCCUUCUCCAGCCAGAGGAGCAAGCAGGGCUUCCUGAGGAACGACUCCACCCUCAGCUCGGCCGCCAGCGACGCCAACUCGGCCACCAGCGACGCCAAUUCGGCCGCCAGCGCCUGCGAGGAGGGCGGGGCCGACGACUUCCCGCCCGCCGAGUCGGACAUCGACGCCACCACCACCGAGGCGUACGCCGGGGAGUGGAAGAACGACAAGCGCUCGGGCUACGGCGUGAGCGAGCGCUCCAGCGGCCUGCGCUACGAGGGCGAGUGGCUGGACAACCAGCGCCACGGCUACGGCUGCACCACGCUCGCCGAGGGCGGCAAGGAGGAGGGCAAGUACCGCAACAACACGCUGGUGAAGGCCGUCAAGAAGAAGGUCCUCCAGCUCCGGAGCAACAAGAUCCGGCAGAAGGUGGAGCAUGCCGUGGAGGGGGCGCUGCGGGCAGCCGCCAUCGCCAAGCAGAAGGCCGAGAUCGCCGUCUCCAGAGCCACUCACGCGAAGGGAAAGGCAGAGGGGGCAGAGCAAGGCCUGCGGGCGGCUAACACCGAAUCCAGAAUCGCCAGAGCGGUGGCCAGGGAGCUUUCGCCUACCUUUCACCAGCCAGGUCCUGAGUACCUUAAGAGAAGGGCCCUGCAGGACAUUGCAGAGAGUAACAAGCACGAGGAGCUGCCCUCGCCGUUCACAGGGGAGGUACGCUUAGAGACCCCACAAAUUCACAAGGUGGAGACGUCGGGGCAGUCAUCCUCCCUUCACAGUCCCUCCCCCAGUUCGGACACCACCACCGCGGAACCCCGCCGCUCUACGCAGGGCCUCCGUAAGGAGGACCCCCCCCUGCUCGGGCCCGGGAGCUGGAACGGGGAGCAGGCCGGCAGAGACGGGGGCGGUCGGGGGGGAGGCGGCGGCCCCGGUACCCCGUCUCCGCGGGGGUACGCCCGCUCCCCCAGCCGGCAGAGUGGCCAGGCCGAGCCGGGCUACGACCUGGAGAUCCAGCCCCUGCAGAGGAUGGAGCCCAAACCGGCCGGCGCGCAGACCGCCCCCCUGCAGGGGACGGGCCCGUCCGGCGACGCGGACCAAGACGGAGAGGACCAGCGGCCUCCCGAACGCUCGGCCCUGGACCCCUCCCCAGACCCCACCCCUGACCGCGCCCCCGAGCACGCCCCGGACAUCGAAGCCGAUGCGGAAAUCCGAGAGCCCCAACCGGAGCGGGCGUCGUCUGUCGCAGGGAAGGAGGCGGAGCCCCAGGGAGAAGAGAGCGAGGAGGAGGAGCGGCAGCCCGUGCCGAAAACGGAGGCGGGGCCGACACCGAGAGCCGAACCCACCGCGCAGGCGAAACCUGCUCUGCAUCCCCGCCCGGAGGCCACCGCACCAGGAGCGAUGGCCAGAGCGGAGCCCAACGUCGGCGCAAAGCCUGCUGCCAAAGCAGCUGGGAGAGCAGAUGCUAAUGCAGACGCCAGGGCCAGGAUCACUGGGAAGUCCCCUGCUGAAGCCAAAGAUUUGUUAGAGGAGGAGGGUCCCAACACAGUGGUGAUAUGUAUGGUGAUUUUGCUGAACAUCGGUCUGGCUGUUUUGUUUGUUCACAUCCUCUCAUGAGAAACCCAGGAGAAUUGGGGUUGCCACAUCACAUCAUUUUGAAGAGAAGGCGGAUUCCUCUCAACGAGCUGCACCUGUAGCCAAGAUGGUGGUUUCACCAGACGGCCUGAAAAUAGUGAACUGAAACAGCCUGAACCUCGUUGAGCAAAGCAUAUAGAAAAUUGAGCUAGAAAACGGAUAUAUUUUGGCAAUUUAGCAAUUUACGUCUGAAAGACUGCCUGCAUUAAACUGAUUGAAAAGUUGGCUAUCUAGCUAUAUCUGAAGGUCUUGAUCUCUUCCUGUAAGAAUCAGAUGACAGCACAUUUAACAUUUUUUUAAAAUCGCUUAUUUUUCUCAGUUUGGAAUGUAAUCGCGGACGCAGUUUCAGUUGACAUUUCACCUGCUGUGACUGCAAUGAUUGCAAGUGCAGGAAUAACAAGAGAUGGUUGAUUGAGGCAGGAUGACAGGCUAGCCGGUUAUGCACAGCAGUGGGCAGAGGUGGGCACCAUCACAGUCUGGGUUUAAUGUGGACCAUAGGGAAUGCAUUGCCGCUCCAUGAACAGAAACAGCUUGACAUUUCUUCCACUGUUACAGUAUUGAUGAUUAUUUGCAGCAUAUCAGUUAUUAUUGGCUUUAUAUUAUGAACUGGUUUGCAAGUUCAUAAUAUAAAGAUUGAUUGAUGGUUUCACGUUUCAAAAUUGGACAAGCGGAUGCCAUUCUAACACAUUUUGUUUAAUUUGCUGAUUAAUUCGGUCAAAUUAAUUAAGGGCUUUCUUUACAGCUGCACAGCUAAUUAUAGCUUGAAAUUAAUUUUCAGUUUCCUUCAAAAAAAACUAAACGCCUCGGAGUAUUUGAAAAUCAAACCAAAUGAGAGCAUUUACUAAUAGAGAACUGAAUUCUUCAGUAUGUCCAGCCAGAAGCUGGCCUUAGUUUUGUCUUCCUUUUUAAAUACACUGUGUGCCUUUUCAAAUGGAAGAUAUAUAGUCAUUUUUAGCUCACUUACACGACAAUUUGAAUGUACUUGUCACUGAAAUAUUCAAAAACAAUAACAAAGAUGUUAAGAAAAUGAACAAUGGAGAUAAUGGGUCCUCCCCUGUGGAUCCAAAAUGCAAUUCACUCUAAACACACACAAAAGGAAUGAAUGUUGAACGUAUUUCAAGUUAUGAUUUUAAGUGAUUACAGUGCAUUAAUACUUUUGAGGGACACAGACACACACACACCACUAUUGAAUGUGUUUCUGAACAGUGAAUUGUAUAUUUUGAACAGUGAAUUGCAAGUUUGAUGUUCUGGUCAUGAAUAUCAGUAUUGUGGCUUCCUUGCAUAGUGAUAAUGAUAUGCUGACUUUAAAGUACAUAAAAGGAUGAAAUCUUCUACCAGAAACAGUGUAUUUGAGGAGAAUUUGUGAGCACUUUGCUGCCUGACAAAAACAAAAGCUCUAUGUAUGUAUUUUCAGAAAGGGGAAAACAUAUUGUUCGAAUGUGAAGAGUGAAUUGUAGAAUUAUAGUUUGCACGUAAAUAGCUCUGUCUCUUUAUCUUUACAUUACAUUACAUUCAUUUGGCAGACGCUUUUAUCCAAAGCGACGUACAAAAAAGUGCAUUUCAUGAUCGUAGACAACUGCUGAACACGGGUUCAUCUCUCUGUUUGUCUGUUAGUCUCUGAGAGAGAGGUGACUUUGAUCCAAUUUCUAUGCAACAUUUUACAUUUGACACAUUUAGUUGGUUUGCCCACAUUUUUUGAUUGUUGUUUUUUUUUUCUUUUGCACUGAUGUGACACGUGUGUCUGUGUUUCAGCAGCUAUCAAAUUCAACUGUGGAGCAAAACUAAGUCUCAAAUUAAACUAUGCAGUAAAUUUUUACACAUCAUGCACACUGUAAUAUUGCAUUGAUUGUAUAUCGUGCGACUGUAAUGUUCAGUAUGUGUUUGUUUAACACUAUAGAAUAUAAGGUUUUGCCUCAGGCUUGUGCCAUAGAAGGAAAAUGCUAUUCCUUGGUCUUACUCCAGGUCUUAUAAACUGUAUUAUGAAGUAGAAAGUACACGGACAAUGGACUAAAUUUUAGCGCUGUCAGAGGAAUAUCUUUGUUUGAUGUUUGAUCUUGAACCAUAUAAAAUAAUGUUUUUUAUUCCCACAAUAUCAAGUAGAUACUAAAUGCAAUGUUUGACCACUGUCAUUGAUGAACUCGUAUUGAUCACUGCCAUAAAUUAACUCUGGUAAUCAUAACUGCUACUAUUAUUGAAAGUAAAUAUGUGGACAUUAAGUAAUUGGUGUCAUCGCAUUGUCACAGUAAAGCAUGAGAGUAUAUUUUUGAACACGUAAAUGAAAAUUUAAAUCACAUGUCAAAAUCACCUUGAAAUAUAAAUUUUAAAUGACAUAUUUUUUUACAAAAUAUUUCCUUAAGGUACUUGUGUACAAGUAGGUCCUGUCUGAAUGCACAGUCUCCUAGUGUGAUAUUUUGUCUGAAUGCCAAAUUGAUAAGUAUAAAUUGAUAUUUUUUAAAAGUUUUGAAGUUCCCCCAUUUAUGUUUUGAAUAUACCUUUUUGCAUCAUGUUCCGUAGUAUUUAUUAUGUGUCACUGAUCAUCAGGCAAAAAUUAUCUUAAUUGCUUUUUAAGAUGAUUGUGCACUUGUUUGUUUCAUUGUUUCAUUACAAUAAAUGAUUGUAACUGUUGAUCUUAUACUGAGGUAUAAAUAAUAAAAGGGAAAUUUUAUGG